AUGGCCCUGCUCAUGAUACCAGAGGGUGAGGCUGUUCAAGGUGUCUUCGAUGAGAUAUACGAAGGCGAUAAUUUGGAUAUUGAAGCUUCUCAAAGCGAAAGAGCAUCAAUAUUUGAAUUCUCAUACACAAUAGGCAGGAUUGGACGCCAUGAAGUCGUGCUGGCGUAUAUGCCUGGAAUGGGCAAGGUGAAUGCAGCAAAUAUAGCGUCAAGCUUACGAUCAAGUUUCAUUGAUUUGAAACUGGUGCUUCUGGUGGGAAUCUGUGGUGGGGUGCCGAAUGGGCUGGAUAAUUCAGAAAUUGUGCUCGGCGAUAUCAUCAUCAGCAAGAACGUGGUGCAGUCUGACUUUGGGAAACAGUAUCCCGAGGGCUUCGAAAGAAAAAAUACCGUGUCUAACAAUCUGAGGGAAACAGGCCUGGAAAUCCGGUUAUUUCUUGAAAAUAUCGAAGACAACAAGAAAAUACUUGGAGAGAAGACGUCCAAGAAUCUCAUUUCCUUGCUUGAAAGGCCUGGUUUUGAAGAGGUCAAAUAUCCCGGGGCUCAUGAAGACAAGCUUUUUCCACCCGACUACCUUCACCAGCACCAUGAUACCCAAGACUGCGGAUGCCAUGAGGGUCAGACCUGUUCCGUAGCAAGGCAGUCCCCGUGUGAGCUGCUAGGCUGUGACCCCGAGUUGCUGGCACGCGAAAGGCCUCGCGCUCGACAAGGACAAAAUCCAGCCAUCCACUUCGGCUCAGUUGCAUCUGGGGACGCAGUGAUAAAAUGUGGCAUGUAUCGGGACCAAAUCGCGAGACAAGAGAAUGUCAUAGCUUUUGAGAUGGAAAGUGCAGGGAUCUGGGAGCUCCUUCCGUGUUUCAUGGUCAAGGGAGUCUGUGAUUAUGCAGACAGUCAUAAAAACAAAAAGUGGCAACUAUACGCAGCCGCCACUGCUGCUGCUUGUGCCCAAGCAACUUUGGAGCUCUGGGAUAGGCGCAGUCAGCAGCGGCCUUCACGAAACCGAGUGAGCAAUGGAGGGAAGAAUUCAGAAAGGACGAAGCUUCUAGGUCAAGUAGUAUCACCCGAUCCAUCCCCGAGCUUCACCAGCUACGGCUCAAUGGUCGCCAUUCAAGGCGGUAUUGUAAACGCCCAGGGAGCUAUCUUCAAUCAGUGA